GACGCUGAGUGCUACAAGUCGACGGGGAGGGUAGCAAGACCGAAAAAAAACACGCCAGAGUUCCAGGCCGUGGCUGAGUGGUCGCGAAGGUUUGCGGCGGUUGAACGGAAAGACGUUCUUGGGGCGACAUCUUCAAACGUUCUUGGGGUCGUGUCUGAAGAUGCCGCGCCUGCACAGGAGCCACAGCAUGUUGGUACUGCCAUAGAAGUCGG